CAGCUCCCUGGGAAACCAGCCACAUGGAGGGUGCUGGGGACGUCCCGAGGUCUCUGCUCCCUGAUGUUCACCAGGGCCUCCCCUUUCCGGGCUCCCCAACUCGGGCAGCCCUGGUCUCUGGCUCCUACCUCUAUUACCACUAUGGCUGCGACGGGGUGGACGACCGGGGCUGGGGCUGCGGCUACCGGACCCUCCAGACCCUCUGCUCUUGGCUGACAGGGGCCGGAGCGGGGCCGGGGGGCUGCCCUCAGCCGGUCCCCACCCUCCUGGCCAUCCAGCAGGCCCUGGUGGAGAUGGGAGACAAGCCCCCGGCCUUCGCUGGCUCCCGGGACUGGAUCGGCACGGUGGAGGCCGGCUUGUGCCUGGAUCACUUUUUUGGGGUGCCGUGCAAAAUCGUGCACAGCCCCCGGGGCAGGGGGCUGGAGGAGCAGCGUCCUGCAGCGAGGAGUUCCCCAGGUUAACUGUGUGUUGUGUGACGCAAUCCUUCCUUCCUGCUGCCUAGUCACUUCAGCGGGUGACCCCUGGUCCUGGUGUGAGCAGCGAACCAUCUCCCACGCUGCCCAAAUCGCUUUCACGGCUCAUUCAGCCCCCCUGCCUUUUGCACGCUUCCUUCGGGGAGCCCGGCCCUCCUGGCGUCGCCAGGAAUUUGCGAUCCGUUUGGUAAGGAAAGAGCGCGUCCCGAGAUGAAACGCCCGGGAAUCCGGCUGGCCACACCGGACCAGCCGGUGGGACAAUUUUCUCCCCGCUGCUUGGGGCACAAACCGUGGAGAUGCCGGGCUGAACGUGUUCUCAGCCGGGGAGCCCGCUCCGAGCCAGGACCCCCGAGGCUUCCUGAAAAGGGGCUGUUAAAAGCCAGAAGCCGAGGAACUUGGGGGAGCAAACACUCUCUAAAGGGAAAGCAAGCGGCGGGGGCAGGCCUGGGACAGACCCGGGAACGGGCCGGGCCCACCCCGCUCCAAAGACGGGGGGCACUUGCAGGUCUCCGCUGGGGAACUGGAAAGCAAGGGCUGUGGAUGGAGCCGGGAGCACCCACAGAUAAAUCUCGUGUAUUUUUUCCUUUUUAAAUGUGCCUUUGCCUCCUAGGGAGAUUUCCCUCUUACCAGCCGGGCGUUCCUCGACCUUCGCUCUUCUGCCACUUUGGUUGCCGUCAAUCCAGUUACAAGGCUUAUUCCAUCA